AUGAGAAAGAAGCUUCUCAUCUCAUGCUCCUCCCUCCGCUCAAUUCUCAACGUCACUCCCAAAUCCAAUCACUUGUCUAUUGAGGUUUGUGAUUCUGUUGGAUCAUCAAAGUUGCAGUGGCGUGGAUGGUCACAUGCUGCUGCUCGUGUUCCUUCAGAAAAUUCAGAUACCCGCCAGAAAAGAGGACAGAGGGUUCCGAAACAUGAACGGAGAGCUAUGGUGGAGUCUUUUGUGAAUAAGUAUCAAUCAGAGAAUGCUGGAAAACUCCCAGCAAUAAAACAUACCCAGAAAGAAGUUGGUGGCAGUUAUUAUGUUAUUCGGGAAAUCAUUCAGGAACUAGAAUACAAAUCCAAAAUGAAGCCUUUAAACAACAUUGGUGAGAUACCAGUGGCAAAGCUAUUUGAUGAAAGUAAGCUUAAAACCGCUGAAUCUGUUAGUGUUUCAUCUGGUGAUAUUAAGACUGUCAAAGAUGGUCCAAUCCAAAAUCAUGUUCAACCGGUACUUACACAUGUUACCCUUGCGCGUGAGUUUCUUGAAGGAAAGGGAGGGCCACAGAUUUCCUCUUGGGAGGCAAGGUUGUGUAAUGAAGUCGAAGUCAUCUCCACACCAGAUGAUCAUUGCACCACAUAUGACAGCAAUAUUUCGGAAAAACAUUUUAAGGACUUCUCGAGUCCCCAGAUGCCAAAUGAUGUUAAGACUGAGAAAGCUGUCUCUAGUUUUUCUGACUCUGUUGCACUAGAAAGUCAGUCGUUACAAUUGGAAGCAGAACCUUUUAGUAGGGGCCAUGGAUCUGAAUUUCUUGACAUGGAAAAUCAUAAAAAAAUGGAGGAACAAUCCAUUAGGAAAGCAAGUUAUGAGAGAAGGGAGCAACCUGCUUUGGAAGACAUGUAUGGUGAAGCUUCCCAUUCUAGUCUCCAGGUGCCAAUUGAUGUCAAGAGUGAUGAAACUGUAUCUAGUUGCCCUUCUGAUUAUGUUGCACCUGCAAGACACCAGCUGAAAGAAGAAAUAGAACAGGUUUCUGCUCCGAUAAUUGAAAAAUCCGUCAGUAGUAGCAACAAAGAUAAAAUCCACGAUUCUAAGUUUGGAGAUAUAAAAAAUCAUCCAACAAAUGAAAUUAAGAGUCUUGAGAAAGCAGGACUUGAGAGAAAAGUGCAAGAUGGUGCACAAGACAAUCCUGGUAGCGAUAGUCCAAAAAUUGAUAGCUCUAACAAGAGGGAGAGCAACAGUGCAGUUGCUUCAGACAAAUCAAAUUUGUGGGGAAAUCUGAAGUCGUUUGCAGAUGGCAUCUUAAAUAUCUGGAGAAAGUUAUGA